AAGACAAUGUUUGAUAGAACAAAUGUCAUGAUAAUGUUUUGUCAGCCAUUCCUUUUUAGAUAUAAUUAUUGAUUUUAAAGUUUGGUGUGACAUAAUUAGCCCCAAGUGGCUUCAGCUAACGCAUCGCGUUCCCCUCUCUUAAUUCCUCCCUUGAGAUCUUCAACUGUUCUCUCAUCUCGAAGCUCACAUUUUCAAGCUUGUUCAGGUGUCUAACUGCUGCAGCUCGUCCAAAGAUUGUUAUCACUCUUCGAAAUGUCGGAUCGCUUUGACAGCUUCCCCUUCAUCAGCCUGCUGAGUGGCUGGGGAGUCGUCAGGUAAGUCUUAUGCCAUCAAAACACGGCAUUGAACUGACCGAUUGUUUCUUGUACAGUGGCCCUGGAUUAUUGUAAGUUUCCAAGAAACAUAAAAAUCGUUCGUAAACUCAUCGGGUACAGCAUGCUGCGCAGCUUGGUAUCCGGCAUCUCAACUGCCACAGUCGUCGGCGUCUCAAGCGGUAUGAUCGGCAGCAUGAUCUGGGGAACAGCAGGUCUCCCCUUCCUCAUCGGAUCAUCUCUCGGUUUCGCGUUCGGUAGCUACCGAUGGUACGAAGUUGCGACUAGAGAAGCCAUGGUUCAGCUGGACCUCUACCCAGCGUUGCUGCAAAUGCAUAUCACGUCCAACUUUCCCUGGGUGCCGGACCUGCAUAGUAGAAAACGGGAUUGGUAUACGGCUGAGACGUUUCGCAGGUCGUGGGUCAUGAAGAGUAUGUUGGUCGUUGGUUGGCUUUCGGCUGAGUCGUCGCUUCGUGAGAUUAAGGAGCGGAGGGAGGCGAGAUUGGUUGAGGAGUAUGUCGCUGCUGAGGAGGAGUCGGAGUGAGCCCUUUCGCUAGCGAACAGCCGUGCACUGAAGCAAUCGACUUGUUCAACGCGCUGAGUUCAAUAGUUCCUCAAUAAAUUGAAAGAAGAACCCUAAUCUUCUUCUCUCAUCUUCACAGUUAUUUGGCGGUGCCAGCUUUGGUGGCC